AUGGAAGAGUGGCCCAGGGAGGCCUGGGGCCAGCCCGGGGACUGGCCUAGCUCCCGGAAGUCAAGAGCAGGCCCAUCGCUGGCCUCUGUGCUGAAUGACCUCCCAAGCGCCGCUACUCUUCGAUACCGUGGCCCUGGUGUGCUCCCUUUGGGGACACAUGAGGAUGAGGAUGAGGAAGGAGGAAGGAGUCUUCACGCCUUUGUGGAAACUGCCCAAAUGGAAUCUCACUCUCCCCGGGAACUUCCCUGGCCUAUGCAGGCAAGGCGGGAGCACAGGAAGAGCCAGGCUAGGGAGCAGGUGGCCUCUGGCUCUGAAUCUUCUAAGGUUGCCCACUGGACCCGACAGCUUUCCAGGACCAAGGGGAAAAUGAAAGAAGGCUUUCAAACGAUACAGCCCUGGGCAUGGACGCUGAAGAAGAUUGGGGGCCAGUUCGGAGCAGGCACCGAGUCCUACUUCUCCCUGCUGCGCUUCCUGCUCUUUCUCAACCUGGUGGCAUCUGUGACUGAAGUCUGCAUGAAGCUGAUCCCCACCUGGUUGGAAGGGGCUCCUCCGGGCCCCCCGAGUCCUAACGUCUCCUCACCCUGCGGUUCCUACUUGCCCUCAGCCAGCCCCACAGUGACCCUUGCUCUGCCUCUCCCUUCCUCCCGCCCUCCCCAGGGUUACUUAGAAUGGUCCCCCCUGUUCUAUGGGUUCUACCCACCCCGAUCGAACCUGGCCGUCCCCUACCUGUGCUCCGUCUUUGUCAUCGGCCUCAUCUACUUGCUGUUCAUCCUACACCGCUCGGUGUCCGGGUUGAGGGAGACGCUGUUGGCCGAGAGGAAUCCCUUGUCCAACAAACCCCCAUACUCAAGCUCCUGGUGGACUAUCUUCCGUCCAUUUUCAUCUCCGUGAUCAACUUCGUGUUGCCUCUGAUAUUCAAGUUCAUCACCUCGUUAGAGGGACUGUGUUUUUGCGUCUGGCCUCCCUGGUGCUCCUCCUGCUGUCUCUGUGGAAUCAGAUCACAUGUGGGGGAAACAAGGAGGCAGAGGGAUGCAAGGCCUGUGGCUACAAUUACAGAGAACUUCCGUGCUGGGAGACUCGUCUGGGCCAGGAGAUGUACAAACUUGUGAUCUUUGAUCUGCUGAUGGGCUUGUUGGUCAUGCUCUUGGUCCAGUUUCCUAGGAAGAUACUCUGUGGCCUCUGUCCUGGGGCAGUGGGUCGUCUGGCCGGGACUCUGGAGUUCCAGGUUCCUGAUGAGGUUUUGGGGCUCAUCUACGCUCAGACCGUGGUCUGGGUGGGAAGCUUUUUCUGCCCUUUACUACCUCUGAUCUACAUAGCCAAGUUCCUGAUACUCUUCUGUCUGAAGAAGAUAACACUCUUCUCCAUCUACUCACCGGCCGCCGGCACCUUCCGGGCUUCCACCGCAAAUUUCUUUUUCCCCCUGGUGCUUCUCUUGGGGCUGGCAAUCUCUGCUGUCCCGGUGCUCUACAGUAUCUUCUUGAUCCCACCUUCUAAGCUGUGCGGUCCAUUCCAAGGGAAGAUGUCCAUUUGGGUCCACAUCCCGGAGUCCAUCGAAACCCUCCCUCAGUCCGCCCAGAACUUUCUCUACUUUCUGGGGACGCAGGCUUUUGCUGUACCCCUUCUGAUCCUCUCUUG